AUGAAAAGCCCAACGCCGAUACACACGCUUCUACGCACAAUCGCGCUAUCAAGCAUCUUUACCGGAACCUUUGGAUACUACUACGAUACGACCUACGUCAAUCGCAUCGAUACAACCAAAAAGAAUGCCGGACCGCUCACAACCACGUUCACACCACCCCCAUCCUGCUCCAUACCACGCACAACAGCAGUGUACGGAAGACCAGAUCUAAUCCAGGGAUGCGGGGGUCCAUACGGCGAUGAAUGCUGUCCGGAAGGAUGGCGUUACAAUAUGUACUUUAGUCCCGGGGUAUGUCCAGUGGGAUACAAAACGUGCACACUACCAACGACCACGCAACGGGAUGAGACGACUGUUAUCUGCUGCCCAAGUGGCUUCGAUUGUAACGGCCAAGACUACUGCGGAAAAACAUACAACAGCGCACAAACAAUCACGUACACGGAUCCUACACUCUCCGUCGUAACGACAGUAGGAGCCAUCACAGCAACCGGCAUUCAAAUCCGGUUCAAAGCGUCCGAGUCAUCCAUUGUGCCCAUCGUGACAGACUCUCUAAUUCUACCCCGCGACCACUCAAUGAGCAAGAAGACCAAGAUCGGAAUUGGACUUGGUGUCCCGGCUGCCGUGGUGCUUUUGGCAUUUUUGGCAUUCUUCGUGAUGAGGCGUAUUCGCCGGUCGAAAGAGAAUGGUGGUGAUUCGUCGGAGAGCAUGCCGUCGCUGGGACAGGAUGAGCCGCCACCUGCUUAUGAGAGGGGAUCGAAGAGGUAG